AUGUUUGCACCUCCGUUCCCUCCAGCAAGUGGAGGGCCACCUCAAGGACAGCCAGGCGCUCCGUUUCCCCCACAAAAUGUUAACGCGCAAAGUGCACAGUUUGGUGGCUAUCCGAAGUCAACAUACGAUCAGUCGCAAGGAUACAAUAACACUCAGCAGCCAGGAAACUUGGUGAAUCAUGCACAACAGUCUUACCCUCAAGCGAAACCGUUUCCUCCAGGCCCUCCUGCACCUCUGUCUCAACAACCUGGUGGACAUCCAACUAUGAAUGGUAUUCCUGGAGCGGGAGCACACUCUCAACCUCAAUAUAAUCAUCAAGCUCCAGCCAAUGGCUUUGCCCAACACUCGACUGCUAACUUUCAAGGCCAACAACAAGCUGCUUCAACAACUUCUCAAUCAAACGGGCCCGUACCACAAACGUCAGUCCAGUCUCGCCCUGCGCCUUUCCCGCCACAACCGAUGCAGUCGUUCCCAAGUUCAAAUCAAGCUUCACAACCAUCUUAUGGCAUAGGAGCACAGCAGAGUCACUCAUCUCCUGGUUACCCACAACCGAACGCGUUUCAGUCACCCCAAGCUCCUCAGCAGCAAGCAGCAGGUCCUCAGCAAACUCCUAGUGGAGCUUUUCCUCCGAAUAUUCCUUCUUCCACAAGUAGCCACGGCCCUACAGGUUUUCCUGGUGCAGGAGGAGUUCCACCACAGAACGCUGGGUUUGCUGCUCCAGGUCCAGGUGGUCCUCCUGGUAUGCCUAGUAUGCCAGGUGCUGCACCUCCUGGAAUGCCAGGUGCUGGUCCUCCUGGUAUGCCUGGUAUGCCAGGUGGUGGUCCUCCUGGUAUGCCCGGUGCUGGUCAGCCUGGUAUGCCCGGAACUGGUCCUCCUGGCAUGCUUGGAGCAGGUCCACCCGGAAUGCCUGGAUUUCCUCAAGGACCUGGCAUGCCAGGUGGUCCUUCCAUGCAGUCUCGUCAGCCGCAACCUCAGCAGCGCCUCGAUCCGAACAUGAUGCCAAGUGCGGUCGAAGUAAUGGAGAUAGACUCAGCCCAAGCUGGACAAUUCCCUACAGGGUACCCUCAUGCGAAUCCUCCUCCUCUUGUAUCUACAGAUUUUUAUGCAGUCGAUCAAGGAAACUGUUCUCCAAGGCUUAUGAGAUCCACAAUGUAUAUGGCGCCCGCUUCGAAUGAUUUGCUUAAAACAUCACAGAUUCCAUUUGCUGUGGCAUGUUCACCGUUUGCAACCCUUCAUCCACAGGAGGUUGGUGUUAAUUAUUUUCUACCAGUUUUCUUCGCUGCACCCCUUCCAAUUCCCCUCACCCUUUCCCACCUCCAUACUGCUAGAGGAAAUUCUACCAUCUCAUCGCCGCCUAAAAUCCUGGCUUCUCGUAUUUCUCAUCGUUCCAUUCCAAAUUUGCACUCCCUCCGUCGGGGAAACAAAUCGUCAAGCUCAUAG